AUGGGUGCACGCAUCGACAUCCGGCACCAUGCGUCAUUGACGUCGCUUUAUUCGAUUGUGUUGCUACUGUUGGUCGCCGUCACAGGGAACCUGAGAAUUGGCAAAACUUUUCGCUUUACAGUUGGUGAUAAAUGCGUAGUGCAGCGUACGAACGAACCCGGUAUUUGUCGACCUGUUUCCGAAUGUGCGCCCGUAAUUGAUGAUAUACGCAACCGGCGGGGAAAUCCUACCAAGUGUGGCUUCAUUGAUCGUGUACAGAUUGUUUGCUGCCCGCAGGCCGAUACCACAUCCGCAGCAUCGACCACCCCCCAACCCCCAGCAACAAGAAACAGUCAUCAACGGAUCGCGGAAAAGUGCGAAGAAUACGGACAAGCGGUAUUUUCGAAAGAAUACAUUAACUCGCUAACAGCAGACGAGCCGAAGCUGCAAACGAUCGACAAAUGUGGCCACACGGCAGUGGAACUGAUAGUGGACGGAGAGCUGGCCAAAGCGCGCGAAUUUCCGCACAUGGCACUGAUCGGUUUCGGCGAGACACCUGAUAUUAGGUAUCUGUGCGGAGGAUCGCUCGUAUCUGAGCGGUUCGUACUAACGGCGGGGCACUGUUUAACAUCCACUAACUAUGGACCAGCCACCAUCAUACGAUUGGGCGAGUUAUCGUUAAGCUCAUCGACGGAUGAAGCAUUCCCGGAGGAUUAUGAAGUCGCCGAACGUAUUCCACACCCCGAGUACAAGCAAACAUCUCAUUACAACGAUAUCGCUCUGAUCAAGCUCAACCGUAAGGUGAUCUUCACUCCCUACAUACGCCCGAUCUGCCUGCCGGUGCAUGAAAUCUUCCCACAAAAGCGUGCCAUCGCGACGGGCUGGGGCGCGAUCGGAUUCGGUCUGGAGCAAAGCAGCGCGCUUCUGAAAGUGACGCUCGACCGGUUCGGGUUCGACGAGUGUAAGGCAUUGUUCGAACCGACCCGCAAACUACGCACCGGACUUAACGCCACCACGCAGAUGUGCGCCGGAUCGCGCAACUCCACCAAAGACACCUGCCAGGGUGAUUCCGGUGGACCGCUGCAGGUGUACAACGAUGCUAGCGUGUACUGCACCUACACCGUCAUCGGUGUUACCUCGUUCGGGCAAAACUGUGGUCUGGCUGGUGUGCCGGCGGUCUACACAACCGUCUACCCGUAUCUUGCGUGGUUAGAGAAUUUAAUUUUUUAGA